AUGACAUCACUUGCUGCGACUGUCCCCGAUGAUGCCUUUGACUAUGUCGUUGUGGGUAGUGGUCCGGGAGGAAUCGUCACUGCUGAUAAGCUUUCUGCUAGCGGCAAGAAUGUCCUUCUGAUCGAAAGAGGACCUCCAUCUUCUUUCAGAUGGGGCGGGAGGAUGAGAGGGACAUGGCUUGAGAAUUCCAACCUCACAAGGUUUGACGUUCCCGGGCUUUACGGUUUCAUAUGGCAAGAUAGCGUUGGCAUCAAAUGCCCAGAUGUUGUUCCCAUGGCAGGCUGCGUUCUUGGUGGUGGAUCCGCCAUCAACGCGGGCCUUUGGUUCAAGCCUCAAAGAUUGGACUGGGAUACACAGUUUCCCCAUGGCUGGAAAGCCGAGGACCUGUCUGCUGCCACAGACCGAGCCUUUCAGCGUGUCCCAUGGACCAAUAUCCCUUCCAAAGAUGGUAUCUUGUACAACCGUGAGGCCAACGACUUAAUAACGAAGGGGCUCGUUGAAAACGGAUGGACCAGCGUUGAGGCCAACAAUGAGCCAGAUGCUAAGAGGAGAACCGUCUCUCAAUCAGAGUACUUCUUCCAGCAUGGUGAGCGAGGUGGGCUCUUGGAAACAUACCUUGUGUCAGCAGCAGCUCGCGGUAACUUCAAGCUCUGGACGAACACGCUUGUCACUAGAGUGGAGAGAGGGGGAGAGAGUGUCACUGGUGUGCAAGUAGAGCCUGCUGGUGAGGGCGGUUACAACGGCACCGUCAAACUUGCUGCUGGUGGCCGAGUCAUCCUUUCAGCGGGAGUAUUUGGCUCAGCCAAGAUUCUGUUUCGGAGCGAGUGUGGGAUUGGCCCGAAGGAUCAACUAGAGGUUGUCCAGACAGCCGAGGGCGACGCCCUCGUCGACUCUGCCCAGUGGAUUGAUCUUCCAGUCGGUUACAAUCUCGACGACCAUGUGAACACAAAUAUUCUCUUCGAGCACCCGGACAUAGUCAACUACGACUUCAAUAGCGCUUACAACAACCCCAUUCCGGAUGACGCCGCAGCAUACCUAUCCAAUCGAUCAGGCAUACUGACCCAAGCAGCCCCGAACAUCAACCCAAUCUUCUGGGACGCGGUUCAAGGAGAGGAUGGCAUCGACAGAUGGUUUCAAUGGACGAGCUAUGUUGGCGGACCACAAAGAGGCAGGAGACACAAUACAUCCGGCAUGGCAGCUGCCCUAGGACUAGGCAAGACUUCGAGGGGUCGCGUCACAAUCAACCCGUUUCUCGUUAUGGAUGUCAGUGUACUUCCUUACUUCAACGAUGAAGGGAACCACGACUUUGAGGCUGUUGUAACUACCGUUAGCGGAGUUGUCAAGGCGAUUUCAUCCAUUCCUGGCGCUACAAUGAUCAAUCCUGCCCCUGGCCAAGACGUACGAGACUACGUCCAAAAUGUGGCUGUGGAUAUCGGCCGCACCGCUAAUCACUGGGUUGGAACCACCCAUCUUGGGACCGACUCUGCUCUCGAAGGUGGUAAAUCCGUUGUUGAUCUCAACGCACAAGUUUAUGGAACGAAGAACUUGCACGUUGUUGACGCAGGGAUACUCAAUGGGAUUUUCACUGCGAAUCCGCAAGCUGGAAUUGUUGUUGCUGCCGAGAAGGUGGCCGAAGACAUCAUCAAAUUGCAUGGAUAA